CUGGGCUGCGCCGCUGCAGGCAUACGCGUUUUGAGCAACGCCGCGGCGGGACGGAGGCAGCUCAGAGGCCAAGCCCUUCACAAGCUCUUCCCAAGCUCCUCCGACGCGCCGGGCAGCCAAAAUACGUGAAGGGGCAGCCCUCUACUAGCAGACCGCAAAGCGCCGCAUAAAACAACACCAUGGGCAAGAAGGGCAAGAAGGGCAAGAAGGACGAGAAGCCCCCCGACGAGGUGAAUGAGUACGAGACCAUGGACCUCGAGAUGCUGCGGGAGGUCGUGCCCUUACUCAAACAGACGCUCGCGAAGAAGUCGCUGGACCGGAACUACGUCCAGUUGGAGAGGGACGCGCUCCAGCAGUUCUACGACAUAAGUAGGAGCGAGGUCGAGGACGUGAAAGGUGAAAUUGCGAAGAAGGACCGGGACAUGGAGCUCAUGGAGGAGAACCACCGCGUCGAGUUGAGGGUCUACCUCCAGAAGGUGCGCCACCUGGAGUACGAGCACCGCCACGCGUUGCGAGGUGUGGGCGAGGACACGAAGCACUUCGACACCGAGGAGAAGGAGGCCCACGAGCAGCGGACGCACGCGCUCAAGAAGGCGAAGACGUCCAUCCGGACGGAGUUGGGAGAAAGGGAAAUUUCCAAUGCGGAGGAAGUGCGAGAACUAAGGGAGCAGCACGCCAAGAACUUGAAGAAUCUAAGGUUGGAGUUCGAGGAGGAGAUUGUGGAGCUCGGUUCCAAGUGCCAGAAGCGCCUCGAGCAGCUCGAGACGGACCUGAAGAUGAGACGCAAGGUGCACAUCCACGAGAUCGAGGAGAGAAAAAAUUUACACAUCAAUGAUCUCAUAAGGAACCACGACAAGGCCUUCGGGCAGAUGAAGCAGUACUAUAAUACGAUAACCUCGGACAACCUGAAAUUAAUCACGUCCCUAAAAACGGAGGUCAAGGACAUGCGCGAGAAGGCGCAACAAAAUAAGGUGACCACCAAGGACGUGAGCGCCGAGAACGCCAAGCUGCGCGAGCCCCUGACGGUGGCCGUCGCCGAGGUCGCGGCGCUGCGGGCGAGGUUACGAGAUCGGGACAAGGACAAGCUCUCGCUCCGAAACUCGCGGAACCGCAUGAAGGUCUUGGAAGAUAGACUCAAGAAGUUGGAACGGUCCCACGCGGCGCUCAAGGACGAGGCGCAUGCGACGAUCAUCGAGCGCGACGGCCUGCGGGCCGCCUUCGAGCAGACCGUGCAACAGGCGCGGCAGCGCGCGAACGUCGGGAACGUGCUCCUGGAACAAAAGGUGACGACGAUGCGCCAGGCCGUGGACAACGCGGCGGCGCAGACCGCGCAGAUCGUCACGGCGGCGGGCCUCGACGCGGAGGCGCUCGGCCGCGCGCACGCCGAGCUCGAGGGCGACCUGGCGCGGAAGAACGAGCUGCUGCGCGACGCGAAGUACGACCGCGUGCGGGCCCAGAAGGCGUACAACGACGCGCUCCGCACGUACUCGCAGAAGCUCGUGGACCUGGGCAUUCCCUCGCAGGAGAUCGACGCCAUGGGCUUCACGCUGCUGCCGUCGCAGUCGACGAGCGGGCCGGCGGGGCUCGUGGUGCAGUAAGCCGGGUCGCGACUCGUAGUACUCGUAGUCCCGCGCCGCGCCGUCGGCGGUCGCGGUGCGCGGGGGGCACUGGCUUUCGCGCUGUAUUGUACCUAUAAUACCAUAUUUUUC